AUGGCAGUCAACCCUUCUACGCAUUACGGACAAUUGUUCAACCAGGAAUAUCACGACAAUAUUGAUUUCCAAAAUGACUUCUUUCCAACGGUUAUUGGUUGUUUGGACAAGAUUCCCCUUAUCAAUGCAGACAAUAUCACUCAACUUCCUGGAAACAAGGACGUUCCGAGCUAUGUGAUUUCAAGUGGAUUCUACUUGGUUUUGGGAGCUGUAUUGAAAAAACGCCUUGGAGCAAAGCGUGUUGCUUUUUCAUUCUACAAUACUUUGAAACAAGCAAUGGAGACUGUCCCAGAUGAACUUCCAACUAUCAUUCAACAAAGAUUUGAUUUGGUAAUCCUUGGUGAUGACAAAGAAUUGCGGUACUCUGAUGAAUUGGAUGGUUUGACUGAUCUUCCCACACUGGAGCAAGAAACCAGACAUUACAACACGGUAUGA